CGCGAAAAAGAGCUUUUCAUUCCCACCGUAUUCUUGCCGAUCAAAACGCAAUUUGCUACGCUCCACACAAACAACUUUGUGUAUCACCAUGGCGAUUCCUCGCGGCUUGACCCUGUUGCUUGCUUUGUGCGUACUGUUCGCUCCGACGCCCGUACGUGCCGAACAAGAGGUGGCCGAAGCCUACAUCGACCCGGACGAUGGUCUCACAGUCAUGGAGAUCGUCAAAGCGCGCGGCUACGACGUCGAGGAGCACAAGGUCACGACCGCGGACAACUACAUUUUGACCAUGUACCGCCUACCCAAGACGUACACGGAGAGCCAACUGAACGCCACGGCCAUGGCCAACAAACCGGCAGUAUACUUGAUCCACGGCCUGCUCGACAGCAGCUUUACCUACGUGUGCAACUUCCGCAACCAAAGUCUGGCGUUCGUCCUGGCCGACGCCGGCUACGACGUCUGGCUGGGCAAUAACCGCGGCACAACCUGGUCGAACCAGCACGUGACGUAUACGACCGACGACGAUGCGUACUGGGCGUUCUCGUGGCAGGAGAUGGCAUUGUACGACAUGCCCGCGAUGAUCAACUACGUGUUGAACUCGACAGGGCACUCGACACUAAGCUACGUGGGGCAUUCGGAGGGAACAAUGCAAGCGUUCGCCGGGUUCUCAGUCAACCAAGAGCUGGCUAAGAAAGUGUCCUACUUCGGUGCGCUUGCUCCCGUCGCGUACCUUGGCCACAUCACUUCACCGAUCUUUGAACUCAUGGCGGACUCAUACCUGGACGUCCUGUUCACCAUUCUAGGGGUUGGUCCCUUCUGGGAGACCAACUGGCUGAUCCAGGGCAUUCUAGCUAAGUAUGCGUGUGCAUUUGUCGACCAGGCUUGUGGCUCGAUCAUCAACGCACUUACAGGACCUUCAGACAAUGUGAACACUACGCGUUUGCAAGUGUACAUCUCACAAACGCCUGCGGGUACGUCGGUGAAGAAUAUGGCUCACUUUGCACAAGGCAUUCGUGACAAUACGUUCCGGUACUACGACUACGGCUGCAGUUGUGUGCGAGCGCUGGGUUUGGCCUUGUGUUCCAAGCUAAUUUGCAAGAAUAAGGAAGUGUAUGGCGCGUUUGACCCACCUGCUUUUAAUCUCGGAGCCGUGACGUAUCCACGCAUGGGGUUCUACACGGGCACCGAUGACUGGUUGGCCACCAGCACUGAUAUUGCUCAACUUCGCGCUGGUCUCACGAGCGCAACGAUUCUCACCGACCAAAGCGUCGAGUAUAACCACCUGGACUUCACUUGGGGCUAUAAUGCCAACGAACUCAUCUACCAAGACCUGCUCGCUCAGAUUGCCAAGUACGUCGAUGUCGGGUACUAGUGGAAGCAUGUAUAAUGUGGACAUCAAUCCGCUGCUGGCAUGCACUCAAAUACGUGAGUACUACGUAGUAUGAAGAAAGUUGUAGCAGUUGAUAUCAUUGUUGUAUUAGUCCGUCGCCAGAUCAUGAGCUGCCAUUAUUAAGGAAAUAGUACAACUACGUGUAGUCCUUCUAAAGUCUACGUACUAGCUGCACGGCUUUUUUGAAUGGAGUUGCCUAAGAAUCUGGUCCAUUUAGGUGACGAC